AUGGACGACACUGUGAGCAACGCAGGUAGCAGCAACACCCCGAAAUAUCAUGCGCCCAAGGACAAAAGUUGCCCCUACUGCGGGCAGGCCUUCACAUCCUCGUCACUAGGACGCCACCUCGAUCUCUACAUCAAGACCAAGAACCCUAAACCUCCAGAUGGCAUCCACGAUGUCGCGGAGAUUCUGAAGUUACGAGGCAACAUUACAAGACGCACACAGCGAGCCUCGAUGGGAAGGGCGGCAUCCACACCAACCGGCACACCUAGGAUACGGACUAAGAAGGAGCCGUCUGGCAAGGAUGGAGACUCUCACAAAUCCCCCGUUCUCCCCAAGGAUGGCCAGUACAUGGUUGAUUCGCGCCUGAGCAAGUACUCCUCCGCAUUUGGUCCGCCGACAUGGGAGGCGACUGGUGUCAUCAACAGCAUUCCCAAUAAGACGCCUGACAUCUCUCAGGGCGGCGAGGGCGAUGGUUUAUUGGAUACUGGCAAACGGCCUGGCAUGCAGAGACAAGUGAGCAAGCAAGUGCUGCAGAAAGCUCAGUUUGAUGUGAAGCAUAGACUGGCAGAUGCCAUGGAUACAGCCAGAGCCGCGGAAUUGGCGUUGCGGGAGGUCCUGGGCUCAUGGCGGGCAGCUAAGCAGCAUAUCGACAACGAUUCCAUGCCGUUCGAGUUUGAUCCAUUGUCCAUGGACUUUCCCUCCUUGACGCUACAGUGCCUGCAACCACCCCCAACACUCUUCUCUUCAACACAGCACCCCACGUCUACGUCGUGGUCAGUUCAGUUUCCUGGCCAAAGGGAGUUUGACGCGCUCCGUGCCCACUUCCAGGAGGAAUUCAGAGCGUGGAAGGUGACUUGCGCUUCGGCGACAACCGCUGUAAUGGAGGAGCUGACUUAUCCGCCCCGCGAGGGACCUUAUCGAGACGCUCGUGAAGCUGUCAAGAAGGCUGAAAAGCAAGCCGAGACGCUGGAACGGCAAGUCAACGAGCAUUUGGAGUCGGCAUAUGCUGUAUGGGACUCACUCCCCGUGGCAAGGCGAAACGAACUCUGGGUGCUUGAGCUGGCCAGAAGCGUGGGAAGGAAGCAGAAAGAGACUGAAGCGCUGAAGAAGACGCAGCAUAAGAUGAAGCAGGAGAACACCAACCUCAAGGCGCAAAUCGAACAACUCAACCGCCUCCAGCAGCCUCGCGAGUUCAAGAUUGUAACGCCUACUACGAUACCUCUUGAGCCCGAGAUUCUCUCGCACAUUCUCGAAGCCGGCGUCAGGGGAGGUCGUGGUGUCGGUCUUAAUUCCGACGACCGUCAUUUGGACCUCAACGAGGUCAUCGCACGAUCAAUCGAGCGAUGGAAGACGGUGAUCACGUCGUCUCGCGUCUCCUCCGCUGGCAUGAGCGCCCAACGACCUCUCGAUGCAUCCUCGGCUGUUACUCCCGCAGCCACACCCGUACCUGCUCAACGCCAACAACCUGUCGUGCAGCAGACUCAGGAAACACCGCAGACAACCAGACCGCCUAUGCCACCGCAGCGACAAUCUACUACGACAAGCGCCACCGGCAUGAGUGAGCAAGAGGCAUCAUCAACAAGCGGCCCGCCAUCUGUCAGCACAAGCGACCGCGACGCAGACGCUGACGCUGACGCUGAUGCCGAUGCUGAUGCCGACGCUGAUGCGGAACUUGACAUGGAUGCCGAAGCAGAUGCAGAUGGCGACAUGGACGCUGAUGCAGACGUGGAUGUGGAUGUUGACGCCGAGAUGGAUGAUGAAGACAGCUUCGCCAUGUUGACAACGCCAUCGACGAAAUUAAUGCUUCCGCAGCAGCCGAUGCAACGGCAGGCGACGCUCGAUGUUCCACGGACACGAGGACCCAUGCAACAGCACCGAGGGGGCGCGAAUGAUGCGCGGUUCCUGAUGCAGAACGGAGCGGCAGCACUUGCGAACCGCACACACAUCAACAUGAGCCGCUCGAUGCCUAACAUGCAAGCAGCGAUGCAGAAUAUGCACAACGACAUGGGAAUGGCAAUGUCUGGCGUUCGGGGAGACCCCAUGUAUAUGGACUAG